UUGACUCAAACCGAUAACAUGAAUUGCCUGCGACCGGUAAUUCCAGUAGUGAGCAAGCGAUCAGCACUAAUAGUUUCCGAUUGUGGAUUUAAUAGCUGCUAUUAUAUCGGCCCGAGUUGCAAUAUUCGAAAAGACAGACGGCUGAAUUGUUUACAGAGGUAUUUUAUAGGACAAUACCGAUAUGUCUCGACAUCUUUUUUAAAGUUACAUGAAAAUACUCAAUUGAAAAAACGUCCCUAUAGACGAUGGGAAGAAGAAGGUAGCAAACUCGAGAAAGGAUAUCUACCAGUAACAGCAUUUGCAACCGCCGUAGAAUAUGAUCUGGAUCGCUUAGUCGUUGCUUUAAGAGAUCAAAAUUUGUACGAUCCGAAGCAGUUUCUUUCAAAUGAUGACUGUAACCCAGAUGUGCUUCAUGUUACCGCCAAGUAUAAAGUUAGGAAUGAAUCGCGUGACGUGUAUUUUUUUCGUGAAGGCACCGUUGUUUUGUGGAAUUGCACUGAUUUAGAGAACAAUAACAUAUUAAAGUUUUUGAAGCCGUUUGAACAGGAUGCUUAUGAUGAAUCAACCGUAAUAGAAGAGAGCGAAUCAAUGCUUUAUAACAGAAGUGAAACAACCGCAAAAUUGAAGAACAAUAGUUUUUAUAUUUCCAACAAUAUAGAUUCAGAUUUGGAAAAAUACACAUUUUCCAAUGCUAUGUCUUUGUCCGUAAAGCUGGGAAUUUGGGAAGCCUCUCUCGCACAAUAUAUUGAAUCAAUGGCAUAUGUCACAGAGGAUCUAAAAAAAGGCAACCGCAUUAAAAUAUCACGCCAGGAAAUGCUUCGCAAAACUGGCGAGCUAUUUGCCCUCCGUCAUUUAAUCAAUUUAAGUUCGGACCUUUUGGAUGUUCCAGAUUUUUAUUGGGAUCGAGAACAGCUAGAGCCGCUUUAUCAGCAAACCUGCUCAUAUUUUAGCAUCAAUCGACGAACAAGAGUAAUGAAUGAAAAAUUGAACCAUUGUGUUGAGCUUGCCGAUUUGAUCAGCUCAAAACUAAACGACGAACAUCAUGUUCGAUUGGAAUGGAUGAUAAUUAUUCUAAUAAUGGUAGAGGUCGGCUUCGAGAUUAUGCAUUAUGCGGAUAAAUUUUUAGAAAGAUAUAAUAAAUUGAUAGAUUUUAUGGACAAAUAUGAUACGAUGGAAUUGAGCUUCAUUUGAGACUACUUUAUAGAAAUACCGACUGAUAGACCCGCCGUCGGAAGCGGCAGCCUCCGCACAUAAACCUGUAAUCCACUCGUUUGCCCGGUCUAUUUAAAGCUAGGAGCUAUCCCUUGGCCUCGCAUUAGAAAACCGCAAGCAGGCAAAGCCGCCUUUAGAAUUUAUUCUCUAGUUUUAGACCAAGAGGACAAGGCAACCUCGGCAACACAGUCCGAGUCCAAUCACUAAUCGGAAAACCUAUAAUUCAAGUGUUAUUAGGUCGUUAUAUGUUUCAACCUUUUAAAUUACUCCCAGAAUAAAACCAAUCAAAAGAAAAUAUGCACAAUUGAAAUUAUGCCAAA